AUGGGGGAACCGUCGCCGCUCACAGAUCCGGAUGCUUUGGGCCGCUCUGACGAGGGAACAGAAGCUGCCAAGUCCCAGAAUAACACUGUCCGAAACCAAAAACCAAAAAGUAGUCCUAGCGACCCCAAAGGCCAAGGCCCUGCGGAGGCUGAGGCUCAGGGCGAGCCCUCGAGGACCUCUGAGAACGGGUCUGUGCCACCCCCGAAGGCACCCGGGAAGCGCGGGCGGAAGCCCAAGACAGAGAUGCUGCUGCUGAAACUGUCUCAGGACCUGGAGUGCCCGGCCUCGGAGCCCAUCUGUGUGCAGAAGAUGCUGGGGAGCAGCGAGGCAGCAGGAGGCCUGGAGACCCCCGCCGCCGGGCGCCCCAAGAGGCGGGCGGCCCAAAGGGCUUUGCUAUACCUGCAGGAGCUGGCAGAGGAGCUGACAUCAGCGUACCAGCCUGCGGCUCCCACCGAGGGUGCCCAGGAGCCGGAGCCAGAGCUUGAGCGUGUCCAGAAGAAGCGCCGGAGCCGGAAGAGGAAGGAGGAGGAAACAGAUAGCGAUGAUCCUGCGCGAGAUGCUGACUUUGUGCCCUCGAAGGAGGUGUUGCUGCAGGCGGAGGAGGAGGAGGAGGGGAGCGAUGCGCCACUCAGUGAGGUGUCAGAGCCAGAGCUGGAGGCGCUCCGAGGACACGGUGGGAAGGUGUCGUCCGCAGGGAGAUCCAAGCCCCAGUGCCGAGGCCUUGCUCCCAACGGCUUCCACAACUCCAUCAUGGCCCCAGUGGAGAAGUGCUCCAGCCUCACCUGCAGCCUGCGGGAUCAGAAGUACUCGCAGUGGGAGUUUCCCGACUGGAUCCCUUUGGCACAACAGUGGACGUGUCUGUCUGAAAGCGAAGCUGCCCCGUACCUGCCGGCAGAGGAGAAGUCUCCCCUCUUCUCCAUCCAGCGGGAGGGCAUCGAAGACGACGGUGUCUUGUACAGGGUAAACAGGUUCAACUCCCUGCAGCCCCACGAGGAGCGCCUGGACGUGUCCUUCUUCGUGGGCGGCCCUGUGUGGGCAAUGGAGUGGUGCCCGUCCCCGGAGGGCUCGGCGGCCCCUCAGUACGUGGCUCUCUACUGCCACGGGAGCAUGGAGGAGACACACAGCGUGGCUGGGCUCCACGGGGGCCCUGCGCUCCUGCAGCUCUGGGGCCUGGGCACGCUGCAGCAUGAGCAGGGCUCUGCCGACAAAGCCGAGCUUGCCUACGCCAUUGCUGCCGAUCACGGCUGCGUCUGGGACAUGAAGUUCUGCCCCAGCGGUGCCUGGGAGCUUCCCACCACCGCCAGGAAGCACCCGCAGAUGAGCCGGCUGGGCCUGCUGGCUGUGGCCUUCUCGGAUGGCAAGGUGCUGCUGUACUCCCUCCCGCACCCUGAGGCCCUGCAGCGCUCCAAGAGAACCCAGGUAAAAGAUGGGUCCUUCCACAAGCAUGUUAUCUGCAAGGUGCAGUGUAUUGCCACGCUCCAGGUGGGCUCUAUCCAGGCAGGGAAUGCGUCUGAGUGUGGCCAGUGCUUCAGCCUCUCCUGGAUGCCAUCCAAGCCUCAUCAUCACCUUGCAGCUGGUUUUUAUGACGGCACCGUGGCCGUCUGGAACCUGCUCACCAAGUCCCUGCUGCAGUGUGUGCACCAGCCUGAUGGCUCCCUCAAGCUCUACCCUUUUCAGUGCUUUCUAGCCCACGACCACGCAGUCCGGAGCAUCGAGUGGUGCAAGGCCGACAGCAACUUCCUGGUCACGGCAGGGAGCGACCGUAAGAUCAAGUUCUGGGACCUGCGGCGGCUCUACGAGCCCAUCAACAGCAUCAAGCGGUUCCUCAGCACUGAGGUGGCCUGGCUGCUGCCCUACAACGGGGUCACCGUGGCCCAGGACAACUGCUACGCGUCUUACGGUCUCUGUGGGAUCCACUACAUUGACGCCGGGUACUUGGGCUUCAAGGCUUAUUUUGUGGCCCCUCGCAAGGGGACCGUGUGGAGCAUAUCUGGCUCAGACUGGCUGAACACGGUGGCUGCAGGAGACAUCACCGGUGAGCUGGUGGCUGCGGUGCUGCCCGACCUGGCUGUCAACCCCCUCAACGUCAAGCGAUCCUCGGACCGCAGAUUUCCGGUCUACAAAGCCGAUCUGCUGCCCUGCAGCCCCACCGGGUCGGAGGGCGGCGAGCAGGCGCUGCCGAAGACCAGGCUCUACAGUGAGAUGGUGACCAAGAGCUACAUCCGAUUCCGGGACACGGAUCUGCGCAGCUUCAAGAACUUCCCCAGCCGGGAGCCCAUGCGCAGGAUGCACACGCAGGAGGUGAAGGCAGAGCUGAGCCUCGACCGCCUGCAGCUGGAGUCCCUGCACAAGUGCGUGGUGGGGCUGGCCUCCGGCAUGGGCUGCCAGCUGCUCCCGGAGCGCCGUGCCCGCUUCAGCUCCCUCUACGGGGACAAGCCCGGCAGCCCCAGCCCCGCCGAGCGCUCCCCGCUGCCGGCAGAAUAG